CUGCUCUAAGCCUCCUGGGGAGAGGGGUGGUCUGCGAGGCCGGGUCUAGGAGGGCAGCCGAGGGAGGGAUCUCCUGUCAGGGAUCCUCUCACUCCGACUGCGGGACCAGGUGGUUUGCGCUGUGUCUUCUGGAGUCGGCCCGCGCCCCGCCAUCUGCGUCCCUUCCUCAGCUCUGGUCUGCCGGGCCGCGUCCAAAGCCGGCACAUCAUCCGCCCUGUCCCAGCCCUCGGUGGAGGCCGUGUCUGCAGAGUGGGCCCAGAGGGUGCACCCACGUGUGGCUCUAUGCUGAGCGCCCUAGCGUGCCCAGCAAGACUACAUAGACUAGGACCCCUGUGUCUGGGGCGAUGGAGGGGGGCCCGGCCAUCUGCUGCCAGGAUCCACGAGCAGAGCUGGUAGAACGGGUGGCAGCCAUCGACGUGGCCCAUUUGGAAGAGGCAGACACAGGCCCUGAGCCUGCCAGAAACGGUGUGGACCUUCUGCCACGGGCCAGGGCUGCCUCUGUGAUUCCCAGCAGUGUGUCAAGACCCCCGCCGGCACGGCCCAGCCUCUCGACUAGGAAGUUCUCCCUGCAGGAGCGGCCAACAGGAAGCUGUCUGGGGGCCCAGGCUGGGCCUUAUGCCACAGGGCCAGCCAGCCACAUCUCCCCCCGGGCCUGGCGGAGGCCCACCAUCGAGUCCCACCAUGUGGCCAUCUCAGAUGCAGAGGACUGUGUGCAGCUGAACCAGUACAAGCUGCAGAGUGAGAUUGGCAAGGGUGCCUAUGGUGUGGUGAGACUGGCCUACAACGAGAGCGAAGACAGACACUAUGCAAUGAAAGUUCUUUCCAAAAAGAAGUUACUGAAGCAGUAUGGUUUUCCACGUCGCCCUCCCCCAAGAGGAUCACAGGCUGCCCAAGGAGGGCCAGCCAAGCAACUGUUGCCCCUGGAGCGGGUAUACCAGGAGAUUGCCAUCCUGAAAAAGCUGGACCAUGUGAAUGUGGUCAAACUGAUUGAGGUCCUGGAUGACCCCGCUGAGGACAAUCUGUAUUUGGUGUUUGACCUCCUGAGAAAGGGGCCGGUCAUGGAAGUGCCCUGCGACAAGCCCUUUCCUGAGGAGCAAGCUCGCCUCUACCUUCGGGACGUCAUCCUGGGCCUCGAGUACUUGCACUGCCAGAAGAUCAUCCACAGGGACAUCAAGCCAUCUAACCUGCUCCUGGGGGAUGAUGGGCACGUGAAGAUCGCCGACUUUGGCGUCAGCAACCAGUUUGAGGGGAACGACGCUCAGCUGUCCAGCACGGCGGGGACCCCGGCAUUCAUGGCCCCUGAGGCCAUUUCUGAUUCUGGCCAGAGCUUCAGUGGGAAGGCCCUGGACGUGUGGGCCACAGGAGUCACGCUGUACUGUUUUGUCUAUGGGAAGUGCCCGUUCAUCGAUGAUUACAUCCUGGCCCUGCACAGGAAGAUCAAGAAUGAGGCUGUGGUGUUUCCUGAGGAGCCAGAGGUUAGUGAGGAGCUCAAGGACCUAAUCCUGAAGAUGCUAGACAAGGAUCCCGAAACAAGAAUUGGGGUGUCAGACAUCAAGUUGCACCCUUGGGUGACCAGGAAUGGGGAAGAGCCCCUCCCCUCGGAGGAGGAGCACUGCAGUGUGGUGGAGGUGACUGAGGAGGAGGUGAAGAACUCGGUCAAGCUCAUCCCCAGCUGGACCACGGUGAUCCUGGUCAAGUCCAUGCUGAGAAAGCGUUCCUUUGGGAACCCAUUUGAGCCCCAGGCACGGAGGGAAGAACGGUCCAUGUCUGUUCCAGGAAACUUACUGAUGAAAGAAGGGUGUGAAGAAGGGGUCAAAAGCCCAGAGCUCCCUGGUGUCCAAGAAGACGAGGCUGCAUCCUGAUUCCCUGCAUGUGUCCAGGGCCACCAGGCAGCACGUUCAUCCCAUGCCUCCAGAGGCCCACUGCCUUCACGUGACAGCUCCUGCAGGCAGGGGGCUGGAGGCGGAAGCCCCUCUCCUGGCCUCCCUCCCCUCCCGUACUGCAUGAUCUCUGCGCGGGCACAUCCAGGGACCGGAUGGGAACGCGUAUCAUCUGGGGUUGGGGGAGGGCUCCUACGGCACCUUCCUCGUAGUCCUAGUUCUGUGCGGUCUGACUCAGCCCGUGGGGAAGCCAGGGGUCCGGGGAACCUGGCUAGUAGGAAUGGCCCAGGGAGGGGGCAAGAGACCAAGGUGGCAGCGGGAGGCCUAGCUCAGCUGCCACAAAAGAAGGGGAGUACUGCCCACCUGGGUGCAGAGGUGCCAGAGCUACUGUGUCUUCAGAAUGCUGGUACGGAGGCUCUGACCUCUCCAUGUGUGCCUGAUCCUCGGGGAGAGACAUCCGUGUUGGAGAAUGCAGAGUCCAUUUUUGCUGUCUUUUACUUUUGAUUCUAACCUGAGAAAUGGGGAAAACCCUACUUGGGAACAUCUAACGAACCUCUCUACAGCGUUGCGGGUAUUCCCAGCACAUCCACCAUUAUUCAGCAGCCAGGUGGACCGGCUUGACCAUCUGGAAAAUGGGCUGCCUUGAAUCCUAAUGGGAGCACAGGCCUGGGCCUAGAGCAGCACACUUUCCCUGCCCGCUUUUCUCCCUCCUUCAUGGCUCUGAAGACCACACCAGGGGUGAGACUGGCCAAGGGCUGUGGACUCAGGAUAUGGCCUUGAGUGUGCUGAAACAACUGGAAUUCAAUCUCUGAUCCUACACUGGCUUUGCUGUCACAUCUGCAAUGAAGGAGAAACUGUCUGGCUCAGAGGCCUGGCUGGAAGGGGUAUGCAGACUGGCACACAGGCUACCCCAACUGCCUUGCCCCUGGACAGUCACCAGCCAGUCUGCUCAGAGCUGGAGCACUGGGACAUGCAUGUGGGCAGGACUUUCUGGAGCAGGCUUCUUAUCUCUCUGGGAUCAGUGAGUGGCUGGCUGGCUUGAUGCUUACUGACCAAAUGCUCACCGAGGUGGACCCUCCAAAGGGAAGUACAUGGGGCUCGUGCUGCUCCUGAACACAUGGGCCACAAGGGCUGCAUAGCACAGGAGGGCUUGUCCGGUGGAGAGGAGCUCAGUGGGAGGAGGCCCGUGUCCUGCUGCAUUUCUGUGCUUGUGGGUGUACGUUGCGCCUCCACACACACGCAUGUGCGUGCCCAUCUGCUGCACACAGCACACUUGCAUGUCUUGCACUGGUACAUGCAUCUGUAACAUAGUUUCUAUGUCUAUUUAAGGCUAGGAGCGGAAUGUGGCCCGUUGUCAAUGGGCCCACACUUCUCCCCAGCUUCUCUGCAUUAAGGCAGUCUGUGACCCAGGGCUUAAACAACAGUUCACUACUAUCUUUAAGAACACUUUUAUAGAGUUAAAGGGAUACAAGUUAAAAGCCAAUCACACUGGUCGGCAGGUUUUCCUGAGCAUUUCCAUGUAGGUGCCAGGGCUUUUGGGGGGCCUCAUGGAUUGGAGCCAGCCUUGAAAAAAGCUCAGAGGUGGAUAGCUCUGCUUCACUGCCUGUAACAGAGACUGGAUGGAGUGUCCACUUCACUACUGAGGGUGUUGGUUGGCAUCAUUGUUUCUGAAUGUAGCAGAAAUGACAAACUCCAUAAGAGUGUUUUAAAAAUUAACUUCCCAGGAAGUGAGUUAAAUAAAAGCCCUUUCUUGAGUUU